AUGGACCCCCCUGACGAGCCCUUCGACCCGGAUCCCGUCAUCGCCUCCUACGACGUGUUCUUCAAUCCGUCCCUGCCGCAGGGCCGCAAGCUCUGGGUUCUCCAGCAGCCUAACCGCACCGACCCGCGCCAGCCCACCCCGACCGAGAUGCGCCUCAAGGCCCGCUCCGGCAUGGUUGAGGUCGAUGUGCCCCUCGACUACACUCAGUCCUACGACCGCGAGAAGGGCAUGAAGUGGGGCCGCCAGCUCAAGGCCAGCCUCGAGGCCAAGAACGGUGGCACUCACGGCCUGUCCGGCGGCUUCGGCGUUGGAGCGCCCCCGCCCCGGCCCAAGAGGCGCGGAGAAAUCGACUUGGAGGACGAGAUGUACCUAGAAUGGCCGGAAGCCGUGCGCCAGGACAAGGUGCUGCGGACGCAGACCCUCGGCGGUCAGUGUCCUGACCAUAAGGAGGUCCAGUACAUGAUUGGCGUCUUCCAAGGCAAGGACCUCCACCUCACGCCGGUUACAAACCUCGUCCACCUCCGUCCCCAGCUUCACCAUGUUGACGCCGUGGCCCAACAAGAACGCAACGCCUCUGCCGCCGCGGCCAAGGAAUCCGCGGCAGCAGCAGGUGCCGGCCCGGGAGGCGCAGGCGGCGGAGCGGCUCAGGGCUCCGCGGCGGCGCGCGCGAUCCAUAUGACCAUCAAGACGACGCCCGACGGCGCCACCGCAAAGAGCGAGACCAUGGCCGACCGCCUCCGCGCGGUGCAGAUGGAGAACUGGCGCAAGCUCAAGUACACGGACGAGAACGACGAGGCCGCCUGGGAGAUCUACCAGGAGAGUCUCAUCAUGCGCGCUCCGGGCGACGCGGGCAAGCCGCAGCAGCUGCCGGCCGACGAGGAGGACGAGGAGAAGAAGAAGAAAGCUGCGCUUGAGGGUGCUGAGGCGUUUGAGUCAAAGUCUGUGAUGGACUUGGCGGAGCAGGUUCCGCGGCUGGAGACCAAGUGGGGCGACGACGAGCUGUUGGAGGCUGUCAGCGGCAUCAAGAAGCCGAAGCCGCUGUCCAAGGCAGAAUUGGAAGCCGAGGCUGCUGCCGCGGCGGCCGCCGAGGAAGAGGCGCGGAGGGCGAAGCCUAAGGCUCGAGGUGCAGUGGCGUCGCGACGGGGAGGCAAGGCAAGAGCGGCGCCCGCGCAAGCGUCUUCUAGCAUGGACCUGACAUGA